CACGCACACUAGAAAUGAUGGUAUCUGACCGCCAUGCAUUGGUGACGGAUUUGUACAUGAUCUCAUACGACUCUUUGUUCCCAGGCCACACGUUCGUGAACAAGGUGUCCACAUUGACCAUACUGACCAAUUUCCAUGAACUGUAAGACAUCAGGAAAUCGAACUUUGGUCUUCUGUGAGAGAGUCAGACAGUGAGUGGCAGAUAAAAGAGCAAUGCGAGAGCAAGAGAGUAUCAUGGGAAAGUGUUGAUUGCACAACAUGAUCAUGACGUCACAACUUUAUUCAUUUUCCUGCAUGUCCAAGCGCGUGCGCCUGAGUUUUCCGGCUUGGAAGCAACAAAUCCCCCUCUCUCCAGUGUGAUCCUCAUAUGAGCAAAUGUGAUGGCAAAAGCAAGUUCAAGAGCUAGUCGCCUUACUUCACUAACAAACAAGACUAGAACAGAUUUCAGGGUUGCAAGUGCUCUAGUAGGUGCCUGCCGUUUCUGUGACGCUGUGACCAGAAAUGUUCCAUCGUCGGUUGGCAGAGUGUGUGCUGCUGCUGAGUGUGUCCAACGUGCAAGCAAUGCGUGCACAAAGAUCCUCACAUGCGGUCACACGUGCGGUGGAGUGAAGGAUGAAACGAGAUGUCCGCCUUGCCUUCAUGAUUGCGCUCAAUCUGCAGGAUCAAAAGUUGCAGUUUUCAGAGCAAAUGGUCCAAUGAGAAGGAAGAGGGAAGAACAAAUGUGUUCGAUUUGUCUUACAGACAAGUUGUUGGCUGCACCAGUUUUGCAGUUGGAAUGUGGGCAUGUCUAUCAUUAUCACUGCUGUGAGACGAUGUUGAGGAAGCGUUGGAGUGGACCGAGGAUUUCUUUCGGAUUCAUCAUGUGCCCAUUGUGUGAGAGCAAGUGGAUUCGACAUGAGCGUCUCUCCAAAAUCCUAAAACCAUUAGAAGAACUACACAACGACGUACAACGCAAAGCAACCACCCGUCUCCAAUACGAAAACCUGCAUCACUGCGCUGAUAUCACAACCCCAGGGCGGCCAUUCUACCAGAAACCAGUCGAAUUCGCAAUGCAACGUUACACGUAUUAUCUUUGCUCCAAGUGUAACAAGGCUUAUUAUGGAGGACAAGCUCGAUGUGCUGAACAGGCGGUAUUGUCCGAUGAUUACAAGCCAGCGGAGCUUGUGUGUGCUGGUUGCUCACACUCCGCAGGAAAGGUGUCUUGUCGUCAUGGCACUGACUAUAUCGCACACAAGUGUCGCUACUGCUGUUCUAUCGCCGUCUUCUUUUGCUUUGGAACGACACAUUUUUGCACCGUUUGUCACAAUGAGCAUGUUCGUGUGGUGCAGAUGGGGACAGGCAACAGGCCUCAGUGCCCUGUGGGCCCUGGCUGCAAACAGUUAAGUGGCACUGUGUGUCCACUGCAGGUCAAACAUCCACCGACCGGUCAGGAGUUUGUAUUGGGGUGUGCAAUGUGUAGAGACGAACAAUCGUUUUAGUUAUUUUUUAGUUGAAACCAUGUGCGCAUGCGCAGUUUCAAUACAUGGUUUAAAUUGAGGUCAUAU